UGUCAGCGCAAAGUCGGACGAAAAAAAAGCUGGGACACGGCAAGAUGGCGCUGCUCUGGGACACCAGCCUGCUGUUAAGAAAAGUUAAAGAUUUAAGAUGUUUGACACCCAGACGACACCGAGUGAAAGAGAAAUGGGCUGCUACACGUCCCAAGUUCCCACCCACCAGAUUGGCCGUGCAUCACUUUGACGCCACCUAUAGCACCCCUCUGGGGCAGCUGUGGCCCUCAGUGCGACUCGCCAUGCUGUCAGAGAGAAAAUAUGGAGCCCUGCUCAAUAAUUUCUCCUAUAACGCUGUUCUGACAGAGCUCAAAGCUCAGGGAUGCGUAGAUUUCAUCAGUGAAAGAGAGAAAGACGUUCCUUCUUACUUGGAGGAAAAAUCCAAGGAACCUAGUGAUGUUUCCACGAAGAGCUCUGACGUUGAUGGUGAGCAGCUAUCUCUAAGCCCAAACAUCAAGUGUUUAGUGUUUCCGAGAGGCGAUGUAACGCGAUUCAAGCCUGCAAGGCCAGACAAGAACGGCCUGUUGGGUUACUACCUGAUGGACGCAGCAUCUCUGCUGCCCUGUCUUGCACUGGAUGUUCAAGAAGGUCACAGCGUGCUUGACCUCUGUGCUGCUCCAGGAGGCAAGACCCUGGCUUUGCUUCAGACCCAGGCCAUCAGGUUUUUGUGCAUAAAUGACAGCUCAGUGUCUCGAACACUACGACUGAGGAAGGUCCUCCACAGCUAUGUUCCUAAGCAUUUUUUGACAAAUGAGAACCUGCGCAUCACCUCUUUCGAUGGCACCAAAUGGGGGGAAAUUGAAAGCAACACUUUUGACAGAGUCCUUGUUGACGUUCCCUGCACCACAGACAGACAUUCACUCAUGGAGGACGACAACAACAUAUUCAGUAAGAGUCGGACUGGGGAGAGACGCAGGCUCCCGCAGGUACAGCUGGAGCUGCUGCUAGCGGGAAUCCAGGCCGCUUGUCCUGGUGGGGAGAUCCUCUACUCCACCUGCACGCUCUCACAGAACCAGAACCUCAGUGUGGUUGAACAGGCUAUCUACCAAGCUCGAGAGAAAGAUGGCAUCCAUCUACAGGUUGUGGAUCUGAGGCCCCUGAUGCGCAUGUUCGGGAACACCUUUCACUUCGCUCCGGACCUCCACCUGGGCGAGAUGGUCAUCCCGCACGUAGCAGCUAACUUUGGACCCAUUUACAUGUGCAAGCUAAAGAGGCUGACGUAGGACGUGGACUCUUGCACAAGUUCACCUGAGACUUUCAAAUACUGAGCAACUCUGCUGCCAGAGUCAGCUGGAUUUGCAAACUGCUUCUGGUGGACCCGGGCUUUCAUCAUAACUGUUUUCUGGAGCUUUUUGAAGCCUUCUAAGCCAACCAUGACUCUCAGAGACGUUUCUCCUUUUUCCUCUGUUUUCUCAGUCCUAUAUGAUUACUAAGCCUUAACACUGGGUCACCUUUGCAGGCUACACAGCACAUGCAAAUAAUAUCAGUUUUAGAUUGUGCAGGUAAAGCAUGAGACAAACAGGAAAGAGAUUUUUCCUCAGUGCAGAUUUGGAUCAGUGAAUUCACCAGACACGAGGACAGGUGACUCUGAGCGCACAAUAUCCUAACACUUUUUUUUUGCAGCUUUCUAGAAGGGUCCUUAUGCUUUAAAACUAGCUGCACGAGCUGAUGAAUGACCUCUUUUUAGUUUCAAAGGGACGUGAGGAGCACUUCCUAAAGUCUGGCCUGCAUUGACCCAUCCCUUCAGUGUCCUCAUCAUUCAUGCUGGUCAUCGUGAUUGAUGCGGAAGCACUAAACUGCUGUUAAACGAAUAAUUAAACUGAACUUAUCGACGAUGUGGAUGUUUAGGUUUUUAUCAGUAAACCAUUCAAAUUAAUGUAACUUAAAGUUACAUUAUCACUAGAAUUCACCCGA